AUGGAGCUCAUCGGACAAAUGUCGCUCAUCCGGAACACCACUAAUAACCACACUGCACCGAAUUCAACGGAACCGGUGUCAGCCGAACCCUCACUAUUUCUCUUCGGCGCACAGAUCUCCAUCGCUGCUUCGUCAUUCUGCUUGAACUCCGCGCUCCUCAUCUUCCAUAUGAUUAAACCCGCCUUCAUCACAGAUUUUACUAUUUAUCUGUUAUUCCUGUACAUGGCAAAUGUGGUGUAUUUAGUCGGUGCACAGCCGCUGCUGUUCUGGAGCGAAAUCUCUGGUUAUGAUAUUGGUCAACUGGGUUUCAAAGUUUGUAUAUUUUUCAAUUAUAUCCAGCGCGUAGCCAGUAUCAUUCCACUAAUGUGCCACUUUCUGGUGGCCGUCAACCGCUUCUGGGCCCUGCAGUAUCCCUUAUGUUACCGCGAUCGGCAUAAUAAAAAAGUGGCUACGGCAAUUUGUCUUGGAAUGGCAGCGUACGUGCACAUUAUCUGUUUACCGCCGUUUUUUACGUACGCAGCCUAUCGUUACACGAAUGGCCGCUGCCGGGAUUCGCUAAUUCCGCAGGUGGUGCAGUGGGCCCGCGUCGACACCUUCCUCAACCGCUUUGCUCCGCUCUUUUUAAUCAUUUUUAUUUACGUUCAUUUAAUUAUCAAGCGAUACUGGCGUCAAACGAAGAUCGCUAGCGUCCCGGAUAGUGGCCAACGGCCGCUGCGACGGGGCACCCGCAGUGGGGGCGCUGCUGACCCCUCACGCCGGCUGACCGUCGUCGAGACGUCGCUCGUGCACCGGAACGUCGUGCGACCGUUUCUCGUGCUGACGUUAACGACUGUCGGGGUGAUUGUAUGCUGGCUGCCGUUGGAUGUUAUUUAUUUCUGCCAGUGGUUCCUCGGGAUGCCGAUUCCCCUGGCGGUAUCCCGGACCUUUCAUACGCUUUACACGCUACAGAUCCUCUUUGAUCCGUUGAUGUGGAUAAUUAGCUUACGUUUACGGAAGCGACACUGGACGCUUGCAUGCUCGAUAGAGAUGCAGUGA